UCGGUAUUGAUUUCUAUUGCAAGUGAAUUGUUCACAUCUUCUGUGAGUUCUUUCGGAAAACUCCUCCAAACCCUAUCAAUUUCUCCGGCACCACGGUUAAACUGGCAAAAUUCUUUACAAAUUGACAUCUACUACUAAAUUUCGUUAGUUAUUCACGGUAAAGUCGCACAGAAAGUGUGGAAUCCCCAGUAUCUGCAUUAGCUCACAAUAGUGUGAUAAUAGUUUUCAUUAAAAAAUCUACCCAGUGUGAUAUGAAAAUUCGCGGAAUUGGAUCCACUUUGUAGAGUCCCAAUGAAAUCCACACCGAGCGUGUCAAUCUAAGAAGCAACGCACAUUGAAAAUUUCAAUACCGGUGAAGUGGAAACACUGCAUUGUGAAAGUAUUUCGUAAUAAGCAGGGGAGGAGUUCAACAAGGCCUGAAAAAAAUCAAUUAAUUCCUUUAUAACAAAAUUCAAAAAUCAGAUCAUCGUAAAAUACUGCAGCCCCUCUGGCAACACCGAAUGGAGACCUAUUAAAAAUUAUCCAGAUUGCUAUCCUUGCGAUUUUACUGCGAAUUAACGUCAACCGCGAUUGCUGAAGAACAUAUUGGUCAAAGAGGCAUUUACAAUAACACUUUAAAAGGACACAACGAAUAAUCAUUCAUGAUUGGCUCAUUCUGGAAUUUGUGCAGAGCGUGUCCAUCAAUGCCAAUCGAUAAGCUUCAUUCUGAGUAUCGCAGCACGUAUCGAUGGCAUGAAUAUACUGGAGGAUCUCGACCGGAAGUGGUCCGGAGACCACCUGCGCCCAAUCAAUUUGUCAGCUCUGCGGAACAUUUUUACUCAAAAUCAACCGAAGAGGAUAAGCCUGCUGAAGCAGCAAUAAAUGAGCCUCCACUGCCAAGACGGAAGAAAUGCCCGGAAUUAGCUUAUAAAACCAAUGAAUUCAUGUCUUGUGAUGCAUCUGAUGGGAGAAACGAGAGUAUAACUAGAGCUCGGGCUGGAGAACGUUGUCAGAUUCCAUCUAGACGUAGUAAAUCUGAAGGUCCUCCGGAGAGUGUCGCGAAGGGACGCGCAUCAUCUACGAUGCGUGAAAUAGUGGACGGGAAUCAAUUGUCUGUGAAAAAGACUGGUGAGUCAAGUGGACUAUUCAAAAAGACAAUAUCAAAACUGAGCACAGAGUAUCGUCUGCAAUUUGUGUGGCCUAAUGUACAUAGGGUCAUUCGAGGGCAAACAGAUGAUACUGUGGAGCCUCCUAGAAAAUCAAUAUCAAUGGGCGCUAUCAAACAACAGGCGCAGUCAAUUCCAAUUACAACAGUACAUAAAAAAAGAACAACAGAAAAGAGAGAAGCUGCUGCUUUCGAGUUAGAGCCCUUGGUGACCAAAAUUGAUGAGUCUCUUCACAAUAACAUUGACAAGACAAUGUAUAGAAAGAAGCAGUUUGAUGCGACAGAGAACAAUCAAAGAUAUUCUGAGAAGGAGAAAUACGGGUUUUCAGCGGACAAUGUUGAUACUGCUACGAAGAAUGACAAUAAUAAGUCAUACAAGUAUGGUAUUCACGGAGAUUCGUGGUACAAGGACGUGCUUGAGCUCAGAAAGAAAGCCGGAGAAUACAAGUGCCGAGGAUGGGGUAUUGAGAUAGACCCGGAGCUAUACAAGAAACAGGAGAAAUUAUGGGAGCAAGUUUCGCGCCGUAGCUCAUUGUCUGCCCUAUCGCUUGCAUCGACAGUGCGUCCGUACACAAAGGAGGAGAAAGACAAGGAGAACACGAAGAAAAGUUCCCCAACUAAAGCACCCUCGCAUAAAGCAUCAGGACAAGUUUACCCAACUUUUGAUAAUGCUCUUCGACGUGAUGCUGUGCGUCAUCAUCUCGAGAGGACCACUGGUCCAGAUGUGGAAGAGGGGACUCUCUUGCCAUCACCCACUCGAGAUAAGUUAAUGCCAACGAUUCCCAGAAAUCGAGAAGAUGAUCACUUUCCGGGACAGCGCGGAAGUCCUAAAAAGAGCAUCUCGUCACGCCAUGAGAGCCCGCAGAAGUCUAGUCCGCAGAAAGGGAGCCCCAAGAAGAUCCCGAAGAGUGGCCACAAGGGUCGCUCUCAGUCGGUGGGACCCACUGUGAUUGACUCAGGAAGCUCGCCCAAGAGACAAUCUCGCUCCACGAGCAGCUCCACGGCUCCAACUACUGCAGUGGCCGCCAAAACAAUCAAGAAGGGUCCGGAGGAGCGCCGACCGAGGCCAACCGAGGAUGAUGCCGCAGACGAAGGUAGAGGCGUCAGUCCGACUCUCCCGGAAAGUGCUGAGUACAUCGUCAAGUCACCGCCAGAACCAACCAGGGUCAAGUCACCCGAGCAGAUCCUCAUGCGCUCUCCUGAUCCUGUAAACUGGACAGUGCCUCUUGAUACUGGCAAGACAUUCACGGUGACCCAGAAUGUCAGGGAUGGUGAAGCUGUUAUGAGACCCCAAAGUGACUUUAAGGCUUCUACACCAGUUGAUAAACCACCACCAGCACCACUUUCAGCACCGCCAGAGUUAGCAGAGCAGCUGCGAAUGGAAGCCACCAAGGAAGCUUCUGCUGGACAAACAAUGCGACAGGCCCAGAAGAAUCCCGAUCCCAUGACAAUGUCGACUAUUAUGGCAGCUCCGGAUCCAGGAGCAGAAGUGAGGUAUGAUAAGGCAGUACCGGGAUCGACGUUGCGUCGUCUGGAGGAUCCUGCCUUUGAGUCUGACAGCAAGGCUCGUCCGGGUGUGCCAAGCACAGAGCCACUUGAGAAGGCUCACGAUCGCUUCGAUCGCUUCUGGGGUGGCGAGAAGGCUUAAGAAGCUAUGUGUAGAUGGCGUAGAGUAGCGAAUUCGCUGACAGGGUAGCAAAAGGGGCUCAGCUCCAGAUUCCGACUCAGCCUUGAAAGAGAUAAAAUAGCAGCGUAAAUUUCACAUUAUUGAGAACAACACAUUUUGAGCGAUGAAAAAUGAGAAAGCAUAAAUUAUAUAAAGUAUUAAGUUUUAUAUACCAUGGGUAAAACAUUACUUAUAUGCUGACAGAAUAGGUGAAGUGGUAUUGUAUUUAAUAAAUCAGUUAGGUACAGUCAGAUUUAAUAUUGAAAUUAUUAUCUUGUUGAUGCAGCCCUAACUUAGUGACUUGAUUAGUCUAGAUGUCGUUUUUACUAACAACAUUUUUAUCUAUAUUCACAGUGAUAAAUCAUGUUGAAAAAUCCACUGUGAAGCAAUUGCUGAUCAACCCUUACUCAUUGAUACCAAAUGAUUGAAAAGCGCCACAGUGAAUGGGGAGACUUUGAUACAAUUAUAAAAACAAACAUUUUAAAAACAUUCCUCACACUUACGAACAAUUUUUCCUAUUGUCACGGCCAUUGUAAUGCUACAUUCUACCACUAUAUAAAGGUACAUAGUUGAUAUACAGGAACGCAUAUAAUGGAAUACUCCGUCUAUUACUCUUCUUACCAAACAAAAAAAUUGUGGAAGCCAGAAAAUAGCCGCAGAGGGAGGAUAAAUAUAGCAAAUAUUUCAGGAACAUAAACAAAAAAAUACAAUGUUAAUUCAUAUGAAAAUCUAGAGUGGUGUGAGAUGAUAAUGAAUGGCUGCUGAUUUGCAUGUUUUGUAUCUGUGGGAGAUAUAAAAGGCUUAAGCUGUAAAGUUUUUCAUUAGGAAGUGUCACAGUGAGUACCCUUAAUAUUUUUCUUACCCAGAACAUUACCAUGCGAAUCAGCGGACGAGUAGGUGUAUUUGCUAAGUGAUUGCCCGUCCAAUCCUCUUCAUUUAUAUUUUCUCCGGAAGAAAGGUGAACAAAAAGUAUACAUAAGGCAUGUAUUUCGUACAUACAAGCACACAAAUACACAAAUACACACGGAGAGAGAAAGAAGGAAAAAUGCGCGGAUGAGCAGAAAUUUAUGCCGUUUAAUUGUUUAUGAAAGAUAUAUUUGUAGAAUCACAGUCGAAAUCGAAUUUCUUCCCCACAUUUUAACACUAUUAUCCAAUUGUACACACUCACUUGAGAUAAAAUGUUCAAAAUCUCAUUUUUAGGUCACAUCCUCACAGGAGGUGGAGAAAAGUAUUAAUUUUAUCGCAUCACAUUAUGAAGAUAACUAAAUAUCCAUACAAACUAGUGCGGUCACUUAACUAUUUACUAUAUAGACGAGGAAGAAAUCUGUACCUCAAUAAGAGGAGAGGUAUUGCGUGUAACCCUCUUUAGACAUUCGCCACACACAUUCCUUCGCUCAGGCUGAAAGGAGUAUUAAACUUUCCCGCCCAGGGGAACUGUAUGUACGAAUAUGUCAAUAUUUUCCAUGGCCAAGAUAUUGUUUGAAAACUAAAUUUGUGCUAAACAUGUUUGCUACGAAGUUCUGUAUCGAAUUCUCUAUCAAGAAUUAGUAAGAAAUUAAAUAAUGUAUACGCUUUUCGUCUUGUUCGCCUCUGUUGUGUUUCCAAGCAUAAAGGUGAAAUUUGUAAUGAUAUUUUGUGAACGCUUUCCAACAAUU